UAUCAAAAUAUUGGUCUGCCAUGGACCUCAAAAUCCCACCUCCCAAUAAUAUUGCUAGCAAAAAAGACUACUAUGAUGUGUCAAAUGGAGAAGAAGGGAAAUGUUCCACUGAACUUGGGUUGAAUCUUGAGCUUAGCCAACAUGGUGACAAUCAUGAAAAUAGUAGCUAUUCAAAGUUUAAUACUAGUGGAUAUGGAUUUACAUUCCUACAAAGACAAGAACUAGAGCAACAAUUUUUCAUCUACAAGUACAUUGAAGCUGGGAUACCUGUUCCCUCUCAUCUCAUUAUUCCUAUAUUCAAGUCUAUUACUUGCUCUGUAAAAGGUCUUCGUGAUGGGGUAUGGUCACUUUGGUUGGGAACUUAAAAGUAACAUGGAAGCAGAACCAAGAAGGUGUAGGAGAAGUGAUGGCAAGAAAUGGAGGUGUAGCAGAAAUGUGGUUCAAAACCAGAAGUAUUGUGAGAAACACAUGCAUAGAGGACGCCAGCGUCCAAGAAAGCACGUGGAACUUACUUCUUCCAAUCUCCAAUUGUCUACUUCUACAAUUAAAAGCAGCAGCACAUUGGAAGCAGCAGCAGAAGCUCAUGAAAAUUCAAAACCAGACACAACCACUUUCUCCAUUGCACUACCAAUAAACUAGUAAUAGUGGUUCAAGAGAAGAGAUGUCUAAUUCUUUAAGGGAUUUGGGGUUCACUUUGGCCUCCAAUCCAAACGAUUUCUCUUUUUUCUUUUAUGGUAUAUCUAGUUACAAUUUAAUUUAGGGAUCAAUUGAUUUCGAAAUAUAAUGUAACAAGAUCCACAAUGAUGCUACAUAGUUUUUUUUUAAAUGACGACGGUGUUCGA